UACAUGAUAUAAAUAGAGUAGUAAACAUUGACUUUUUACAGUAAAGCAUGGAUUUAUUAGCUGGAGACUCUGACGAAGAAGAUCAAGUUGAAUUUAAGAUAAAUGAAAACUAUGCAAAAAAUUAUGAAAAGUGGCGUAAAAAAGAAGAAAAACAAAAACUUUUAGACAGGUAUGGAGAUGCAGAUUUUUCUGAUUCAUCUUCAGAGGAUGAAAUUCGCUCCACUCCUCAGAUGGAUAAAGACUGGCUUCGAGCUUAUGCUGUUGUUAGAUUCCAGCAAUCUAGAUUAUACAAAGAAGGAGAAAAAUUCUUUAAAGAGGAGGCCAAGCCAGUUAGUAAAAAAAAAGAAAAAGCUACAACACUGAAAGAUCAUGAAAGAAAAUUCUUGCUUGAAAAGGCAGGAAUUGAAAGUGAUGAAGAAUCAAAACCUAAGCAGCCAGCAGGGAAGAGUUACUUUGAAGAACAAGAGGAAAUAAAACAAAGUUUCAAAGAAGUUCUCAAUGAUUCUAGUGACGAGGAAGAAGGUCUUCUUGUGAGGAAAGAAAAAACGUUAGAAGAGAAGAAAAAAGAAGAAAAUGAUUACCUUGAAUGGAUUAAAGGAAUGAAGGAUGAACUUGAUGAUAAAGAAGCAGCAUCUGAACUUGCUCCAUUAAAAGCUUACUGGAAUGAUCCUAACUUAAGUGAAAAAGAAAAAGUCUUGAGAGAUUAUAUCUUAAAUAAUGGCUACAUUGACCAGGAAGACAGUAGUGAAGAAAGUGAUGAAGAGGACAGGGUAGCUAACCUACCAAACUUUGAAGCAGAAGAAGACUUUCUUGAAAAGGCGGAAGAGUAUGAGCAUAAAUAUAAUUUUCGUCAUGAAGAGCCUGGUGGUGAUGAGAUUAAAAGUUACCCUCGUGUUAUUGAAACUUCAGUGCGGACAAAGGAUACACGAAGAGCAGAUAAGCGUCAGAGAAAGCUGGACAAAAAGAGAUUGCUUAAAGAGCAGAGAAAGGAAGAGAUUCGUCUAUUACAAAAGAUUCAAAUAGAAGAAAGGAAAGAAAAACUUGAGAAACUCAGACAGAUUGCUGAUAGACCUGACCUGGAUUAUGAUCUGGAGGCAGAUUUUGAUCCUGAUGAACACAAUAAACUAAUGCAGAAAUAUUUUGAUGAAGAUUAUUAUGGUGAAGAUGGUGCUGAAGCCAAGAAACCUGAGUUUGAAUAUGAUGCUGCUGUGGAUGAUGAACCAGAUGACUGGUGGAAGGAAAGAAUAAAUGAGGAACAACAAGGUGAUGGAGAGAAUGAAGAAGCCUUUCAAGAAGGUUAUGAAGAAGACUAUGAACCAGGAGUUGAUGAUCCUGAUUUUGUUAUGGAUGCUGAUUAUGACCCCACACAUGAUUACAAAGCUGAAAAGAAAAAAAAUAAAAAGAAGAAAGGAUUGGUUGAAAAGCUACCUGUUUUUGAUCCAACCAAGAAAACAUUUGAUGAAUACAUUGAAGAAUAUCUAAAAGACAAAAUUGAUUCUCUGCCAUUUACCUAUAGAGAAGUGGUCCCCAAUGAUUAUGGACUCUCAACAGAAGAAAUUCUGAAGGCUCCAGAGAGAGAACUCAAUUCCUGGGUUUCAGUGAAGAAGAUGAGUCAGUACAAGUCCAAACAGGAAGAACUUGCUGAGCGACGAAAAUUUCAUUCCAGGGCUAAAAGUUUUGAGAAAAAGGUGAAAAUAUUGCCAUCCCUGCUGGAACCAAAAGAGGCUAAAAAAAAGAAGAAAAAGAAAUCAGGGGCCAGUGAAUCUGCUGUUGAGACAGCAGGUGAUCAAAGCCUGGAAAAAUCUUUGGAUGAAGAAAGGAGUUCAGAGGGAGAAAAGCAAACCGAAGAGACUGUUUCCCAGAAUGAAUCUGUUUCCAAGAUUAAAUCUGUUUCCAAGAAUGAAUCUGUUUCCAAGAAGCUGGUAUCAACACAGAAAGAGAGGAAAAGAAAAGCCUGCUUAGAAGACUCUGACAUGGAAAUAAAACGACAGAAACUAUCUCAGGAUCAGGAUAGCUCAAAUCAUCCAGAAAAGAAAAAGAAGAAAAAGGGAGAUAAAAAUUUAACUGAUGUAUUUUUGACUGACAAACAGACUAAUGCCAGAAUGAUGUCAAUUGAUGACUGUCAGGUCACACUUGAUAUAAGGAACAAUAAUGAAACAUUAACAAAUAACAAGGAUCCUUCUGAAUGCAAAAACAUUCAGCCGAAAAGUAAAAUCAAGAAAAAAGUUAAACAUCUUGAUGUAUUAUCUCCCCAUUCGAAAGAUCAUUCUGUAAGUAAGGAUGUAUCCCGAAAUAAAAUCAAGGAGAAAGUUGUGGAGUCUCCUGAUGAUGUAUUAUCUCCUUCGUCUAAAGCUCAGUCUUCAACUAAGCAGCUCAAUCUGGCGAUAUCAACCAGUCCAGAAGUAAAGAAAACAAACAAAAUGGAAUCCGACCCAGUUCCAACUUUCAGUUCAAACAACACACAAAACCAAAGCACAGACCCAGCCAAGAAGACAAAGAAGAAAAGAAAGAAGAAAUCCAAUACAGAGAAUGCCACUGAGGUCAAAAAGAAGAAAAAGAAAAUUUCUAUCAAAAAUUUUAGUGCUGCAGACAAAAUGGGAGAAAAUAAAACACUGGACAGCAGACAGCUGGAACGUCAGUUGAGUAAGGUCAUGUCUGCUGCUAGGUUGAGUAAGUAUGGCUUAGGUCCCAAUGCUGUGAAAAUGAAGAAAAAGAAGAAGAAGCAGAAGCAAUGAUACAUUUUAUGUAAAAUAAAAUAUGUCAAAAGUU